AUGCUGUCUGCUGUUGUAAAGCUCUGCUGUGGAAUCUCCUACCCCCAUCUGAGGAGUCUGGCAGGACUUCAACGCACAGCUGUGGCAGUGAUAGGCAAGGAGCUCACACACCUGCAGAGAUGGGGACGGGUCCAACAUCACAUGAGAACACAUGUUGGAAUCAAGUAUAAUGAACCUGGACCCGAAGAUAUAAAGCCUUUGAAAGAAGAUAAACACUUUUAUAUACAACAAGGAGAAGAAGCAAUGAGAAAAGCUCUCUGCGUGUUGGAAGACACAAAAGGGUGGAUGGUCGAGAUCACAGAGAGCGAAGGGGAUGUUAUUUGUAGCAAAGUACUGCCAGGGGCUGGGAAGGUCUUCAGGCUGGAGGCGGUGCUGGAGGCCAGCGUGGAGGAGCUCUACGACCUCCUGUUUGUCAGAGUGGAGGAGAUCCACCAGUGGAACCCGAACAUACAGCAUAUCAAAGUUCUGAAACAUGUUGGGCCUGAAACAAAAAUCACUCAUGAGGUUUCAGCCGAGACAGCAGGAAAUCUGAUUGGCCAAAGGGAUUUCCUGAGUGUCAGACACAGUUGCAAACAGAAGUCCAGCGUUUAUCUUGGAGGAGCAGCGAUUCAGCUGGCGUCCUUUCCACCACAGGCAGGCUUUGUGAGAGCCGAGGAUGGACCAACCUGCAUCAUCAUUCAGACUUUGGGCAAUGAAACGGGAAAAAGUCGCUUCACAUGGCUUCUUAAUAUGGAUGUAAAGGGCUGGCUGCCAAAGUCCAUUGUCAAUCAGGCUUUGCCACGAGCACAGCUGGAUUUCACCAGACACCUCCGCAGACGUCUCACAGCGAGCACCGUCCUGGGCUAGCUUAGCUUGUGUGACACCUUCACUGCAGGAGCACCCCAUCACUCUCUGGGGAAGGUUGGGAGAUGGAGGCACAGUGACAGCCUGAUGCUUAGCUGAAGAGCAGACAGAAAGUAACUGCUGUCAGCAACCCCUGAAUUAAAGCCGAUGGCUUAUAAUAGGAAAUAAUGUCAGUGUGUGCCAGUCAAACCUCAAGAUUUCCUGCUUAGGAUUCAUUAAUUGACUGUUGACUGCGACUAACUGAAUGAGAGCCUGCACUUGAAUGUCAAAAUUAAUAAAGUGUUUGAAUGUC